UGCAGGGAGGGAGCGAGGUAAUGGACCCGCAUCAACUGGAGGACCUCUUCUCCUUGCCGCAGGCUUGGUAGGCAGGCCGAUCGGGAGUGGUCCGUCUGGAUCGUACUCGGGGAACGGCACUCGCAUCCUAGAGAGUAGAGCUGGGCAUCGAAGGAAUAGCGCGGAAAGCUCCACUUCCGUAGUGGGCCGGUUACAAUCUCGGCGAAAGGACGGAGCAACUACUUCGAAGCUCCCCAUUGAAUGUGGGGGAGGCGGAGCCUGCCGACGGCCCAAGGGGAACCGGAAGUGAUGGCCACAAGCCAGGCGACCGUCACCUCUAUGGGUCAAAAGCAAAUAGCGCCUCGCGUAUCAGAGGAGGGGCGUGGCUUUGACCUGCUUCCGGCGGAGCCAUAGAGCCGAGAGGAGAAUCCGGCGGAAGAAGGGGGAACUUUCGUUUCGGGAAGUAUCUGGGGAAUGGUUUCGGGGACGGACCGCUUUCGGGCCGGGAUCAUGGCGGCGCUGGAGGACGCGGAGUCUCUGCCCCGAGGAGGCUUUCGCUGCCGCCUCUGCCACGUGUCCGUCGCCAACAAGCCCAGCCUGGAGGACCACCUGCGUGGGAAGAAACACCAGCGCCUGGAGCACCUCCGCACCGCCCGCCCAGCCCAGGAGCAACGCAGUGUCUUUGGCAGGGGCUUCCGCAAGGGCACGCUGGCCUCGGAGCGGAGCGACUACUUCCAGGCCUACGGAGAGGUGGUCGACGUGGUGAUGGACAAAGAGAAGACUUCAAGGGAGCAAGAGAGGCCAGGAACGCGGAGGAAGCCAAGCUGCACUACGUCCGGAGGGGGCCGGAAAUCUGUCAGGAAACCUCGACUCUCAGAAGCUGGAAUUGCACCCUCCUAAGACACACACACACACUCCCCGGGCUGUGUCUGCAGAGACCAACACUGUGACCGUGGAGUGAGGAGGCAGAGCUUGGGGGGGCGAGGAGGGGGACAGGCCUCCUCCUUAUGCCCCGAACAGCUGCAUUCAUGCCGGAACAGGACUGUGUGUCAGGAAGGCUUUGUAGCCAAUAACACUCUUGUGCAGUUGUUAACAAUAGCCUUUGUGUGUCUGUCCUGGAAACUUCUUGGUCAGGUAACAUGCACGUUUGUGUGUGUGUGUGUUUGAUAACUGAUUGGCUUGAGUUUUUCGAGCUUUGCUUUGUACAACUAUCUUGAGCUUGCUGGUUGGCCCAAGUGCCACUGGAUCUGAAACAAACUGCAUUUGUGUAUUGUUUAGCACUAAGAUCCACAAAGUGUCAAUUCCUUGAAGGGCAUUUUGGCUUCUGAUACAUCAGUGAGUGGGAAAAAUUGGUUUCUCUGCUGCUUAUAUCUGUUAGGUUUUUCUAAUUAUUUUUAAACUUAACUCUUACAACUCUGAAAGCUUUGUAACUUUAAAAAGUGGUUCUAGCUUAGUCUUAACUUGAAUUUUAUUGGUUUACUUUAUAUUGUCUCAUAUUAAUGUUGUGAGCCCCUGAAGCAGUAAGGUACGGGGUGGGUAUUGCACAAAAUACUCUUGAUGCAAAUGAAAUUGAAAUAAAAGUUAAAGAUGAUGUACUGAGAAAAAAUGCAAAUCGGAUCAGCUUGACAUGUGUAUGGCCCGGGAUUGUGGGUGACUAUCUAGAAGGAUGUUUUGAGAGCCAUGUUGAGUCAUUGUUGUAGCAUCAACACUGCAUGUUUUAGAUUGUAAGCCCUUUGGGGACAGAGAUCCAUCUUAUUUAUUUAUUUCUCUGUGUAAACCGCCCUCAGUCAUUUUGGGAAGGGCGGCAUAGAAACUGAAUAAUAAUAAAAAUAAAAAUCUUUAACAUGC